GUUAAAGGAAGCCGCCCAUUUCCUCCCUAAACCGGUAGUGCAAUUCCAGCAACAACAACGCCUUUAUUUACUACCAAAACAAUAAGGAACACGAGUGGGAACCUUUGAAGUGUUACACAACAUUACAAAAUUACUCAAUUAAAAUCCAGUCAAGACGCAAGUACAACAUCAUGCUGUCGGACGCAGACUACCCCGGGAACGGCUCCGGUGCCCGGCGAGCUAAAAGGAGAAGCUCUGCGGAGUCUCCGGGCGACGGCCAGGCCCUUCGGUCAUCUGGGAGGCAGACCAACGUCCGAGUGAAACGCGCCAAUAACCCUCCACCUGGACAGAGCAAAAGGAAAGCGACAGACACAGAAGAGGAAGACGACCAGGCGGAGAAGAAAUACAGGAAGUGUGAGAAGGCGGGGUGCUCGGCGACGUAUCCAGUCUGUUUCGCGAGCGCUUCCGAAAGAUGUGCUAAAAAUGGAUACACGUCUCGCUGGUAUCACCUGUCGUGUGGCGAGCACUUUUGCAACGAGUGCUUCGAUCACUACUACAGAAGUCACAAGGACGGUUACGAAACGUUUUCCGUAUGGAAAAAAGCGUGGACGAGUAAUGGAAAAAGUGAGCCCAGUCUCAAAGCCUUCAUGGCAGACCAGCAGCUUCCCUACUGGGUGCAGUGCACAAAACCCAACUGCAGGAAGUGGCGUCAGCUAACCAAGGAGAUCCAGCUGACUCCCGCAUUGACAGACACGUAUCGCUGUGGGAUGAAGUUCAACAAUGUCAAGAGUGAAGGACCGGACCAGUGCUCCCAGCCAGAAGACCUGAGAGUGGCGGAAGUGACAAGCAGCUGGUGGCACUCGAUGCUCAUUUUGCCACCGUUGUUUAAAGACAGCCCAGCCACUCCCUUCUUGGCUGCCUACUAUCCCGACUGCGUGGGCAUGAGUCCGUCCAGCUCUCCCGGCAGCACGUCGCUAAGCGAGCUAAGGGCCGACCACUGUAGAGCCGUCCAGCCCAAAAUCCCAGGACUGUGUCCGUACUUCCAGCCCUUCUACCAGCCCAAUGAAUGCGGCAAAGCUCUGUGCGUCAGGCCUGACAUGAUGGAGCUAGACGAACUUUAUGAAUUUCCUGAAUUUUCCCGUGACCCCACCAUGUACUUGGCACUGCGCAAUCUCAUUCUGGCCUCCUGGCACAAAAACUGCAAGGAGGUGCUCACUGUCAAGAAAUGCAUCAUGCACGUGGUGGUGCGCGGGCUGGUCCGUGUCCGCUGCGUGCAAGAGAUGGAACGCGUGCUCCAUUUCAUGACCAGGAAGGGCCUCAUCAACACGGGGGUGCUUGCGGUCCAGCGACCCCUGCUAUCCGAUAAGCAUCGCACGAAAAACGUCAUUGUGAUUGGCGCAGGGGCCUCGGGGCUUGCUGCUGCACGCCAGCUGCAAAACUUCGGCACUCAGGUCCUUGUGUUGGAAGCCCGUGACAGAAUCGGCGGACGCGUGUGGGACGACACAGGCCUGGGCGUCGUCGUGGGUCGGGGAGCUCAGAUUGUCAACGGUUGCGUUAACAACCCGAUCGCUCUCAUGUGCGAGCAGAUGGGCAUUCGCAUGCACAAACUAGGGGAACGCUGCGACCUGUUUCAGGAGGGUGGGCAAGCCACAGACCCCUCCAUUGACAAACGCAUGGACUUCCACUUCAACGCUAUUCUGGACGUGGUGUCAGAGUGGAGAAAGGACAAAUCGCAGAGCCAAGACAUGCCGCUCGGAGAAAAAGUGCAGGAGCUUAAAAAGAACUUUCUUCAGGAAUCUGGCAUCCAGUUCAGUGAGCUGGAGGAAAAAGUGCUUCAGUUUCACCUCAGCAAUCUGGAGUACGGUUGUGGCAGCUCUUUAAAUCAGGUUUCUGCAAGAUCCUGGGACCACAACGAAUUCUUUGCACAGUUCUCAGGAGACCACACAUUGCUCACCAAGGGCUAUGGCACUCUGCUCCACAAACUAGCCGAGGGCCUCGACAUCCGCAAAAAGAGCCCAGUGACGUCCAUUGACUACUCAGGUGAUAUUGUCAGAGUAACUUGCUCAAAUGGCUCCCAGUGGACAGCAAAGAAGGUUCUAGUCACGGUGCCACUGACACUGUUGCAGAAGAACUAUAUCCACUUUGUCCCUCAGCUUCCAGAGAGGAAAAUGAAAGCCAUCCACAGUCUGGGAGGAGGGAUUAUAGAGAAGAUUGCCCUCAAGUUCCCGUACAGAUUCUGGGAUACCAAAAUCCAAGGAGCUGACUACUUCGGUCAUAUCCCACCGAGUCCCGACAAACGAGGCAUGUUCACUGUCUUCUACGACAUGGACCCGCAGGGGAAGCAGGCCGUGCUAAUGUCUGUCAUAGCUGGGGACGCUGUCAGUGCUGUGCAGGACAUGCAAGACAAAGAUGUAGCAGGAGAGUGCAUGAAGGUGCUCCGGGAACUCUUCAAGGAGCAGGAAGUCCCAGAGCCGCUGCAUUUCUUGGUCACACACUGGAGCAAAGACGCAUGGUCGCAAAUGUCCUACAGCUUCGUGAAGAUGGGUGGCGGCGGCGAGGCAUAUGAUAUCAUUGCCGAGGACGUUCAAGGGAAAUUGUUCUUUGCCGGCGAGGCCACCAACAGACACUUCCCUCAAACUGUAACUGGCGCUUACCUGAGUGGCGUUCGAGAGGCCAGCAAAAUGGCUGCCCUCUGAGAUUUCACCGGGUGCUCCCGACUCACCAGCACGGACACACGGGUCAAAACACCGACAAACUGUGUCUCACAUAUCAUGUGUACCACCAAGGGCUUCGGGGAAACAAUAGCGCUCAAUUAAUAUGUACUUCCCUACAAGAUCAAACAGUACUAAACUGUCCAUUAACCGUUAAGACUCAGCAGUGUGGUUAUUUCAAAACUUUUUCAGUUUUACAUCAUGCUUCAUACAGCUAUGAUAUUGUGGUUGUGGGUGUAGGUUACAUGUGUCGGGUAAGUUGUCUCUUGCACUUUUUUUUAUUUUUUAUUUAGAACCGUUUGAGCAUGAAAUGAGGGGGAAAUGCUCAAAAAUGGGCAUAUUUGGGUGAAAUUUGAGUAAUUCUAAUUUCUCAGGGAUGACACCGGGACAGGCAGUAAUUUAAAACUCCACGGUAUCUAGCUUGUAUUCUAUGUCUCCUCGCUGUGUCUGAUGUAUGUCUUGUUUUUUUUCUCCCACAGUCGUGACAUUUUUGGACAAGUCUCGGACAUUUUUGCCCUUGCUAUUUAUCUGCUUCACUGUAUGUUUAAUAAACCGUGCUGAAAACUGCCAUGGGUAUUCUACCUUUCUUUUUACAGCUACGAUGCCACAAGGGUUUAAUUUUAUUUUAAAAUGUCAAAUAUAAAAAUUUUCCAUGGUCUUUUGGGGGGCAAAAAACCCUAGAAAACUGACCUCACUUAAAUGUGGCAUUUAAGGUAAAAGAAAUCAAAGACAUCAUGUAUAUGCCUAGAUGACUUACUGUGGAGUCGACGGCGUAAGUAACUCUCCAACUGUUGGCCAUCUUGCAGCAGAAAACU